AUGGGCCGUUCUUCGCCCGUGCGACUGUCGCUUCUGCCUCUGCUGCUGCUCGCACUGUCGCAUGGCGGAGUUGGCGUGUCAGGCUCCUCUCGCCCCAUCGUGAUUGGCAGGAGGGGCGCCAUGGGCCCCAUGCCUGAGAGCACGCUGGAGGGAUACGAAAGGGCCAUAGCUGAUGGAGCGGACUAUGUGGAGUGCAACGUUAUCUGCCAGCACGGCAGACUUGGAGCUGAUCUGCUGGAACGACCUGGACCUGACGCUCGUGACGCACCACACUCUUGGCACGGCGGACUCGGAGCUCAUCUGCUGGAACGACCUGGAUCUCACGCUUGUGACGAACGUAGCACACCACCCGGAGCUGAGUCAACUCAAGUCAACGGCGGUCAUAGAGGGCCAGGAGGUGGAGGGAUUCUUCGCCUUCAACUUCACGUUCGAGCAGAUUCAGAUCCUCAGAGAGCAGUGGAGCAGCGAUACCAGUGGCGGGACAAGACCCUUCACGGCCGUUUAUCCAUCCCCACGCUCUCAGCUGUGCUUGAUCUCGUGCUCUCCUCCAAUCUAAACGCCGAGCUGCUCGCUGCUAGAGGCAACCGACCCGUGGGGCUGAUGCUGGAACCCAGAUACCCCGAAUUCCACGAGUCCAUUGGCUGCCCUCUCCUUGAGUCCCUUCUCAGCCUCCUCAGCGUAAACAACCUGCAGCCACCUCCCCGCCCUUCCAACCCCUUCAACACCCUCACCUCCUCCUCCUCCCCCACUGCCUCUCUCUCUGACCGCCUUGCUAGCAUCAGCGCCAGUGCUUCUACAGCCGGUGCUGCUGGUACAGGCAAUGCUGCUGCUACAGCUGGUGCUGCUACAGCCGGGGGGCGGGUUAUGCUGGACCCAGCAGUGCACCCGGUGGUGAUAGAGGCGAGGAGCGCUGCUGCCCUGGUCUACUGCAGCCAACGCACCUCCAUUCCUCUCGUGCAGAUCCUGGAGGAGGGGUGGGACGAGCCAUCCGACACCAACCCCAUUCUGCAGGCCCCUCCUCCCUCCUGCCCGCCCACCACCCCUCUGCGAGCCUGCAUACUGGACGCCAUAUCACUCUACGCUGUGGCCAUCGCACCGGAGAAGCACCUCGUGCUGCCAGUGGAGUCGUGGCACAAGAAGCUGCUCAACCAGACCGAUUUGGUCUCCCUCGCCCACGAUCCAGCCCGCCAGCUCGCAGUCGUGCCGUGGCCCUUCGCCAAUGACUGGAUUUUCCUCUCGCUGAGCUAUGAAUUGGACCCUCUGAACGAGUAUGCCAUGUUUGUGGAGGCGGUGGGAGUGGAUGGGCUCUUCUCUGACUUCCCUGCCACCGCCCUUAAGUACCUCCGGUCUCGGGACUGCCUAGCAGCAGCAUCAGGAGUGCUGGGUGCGUUGGUGGUGGCAGCACCAAGAAAACGAGGCCUGGCAGACCUGCUGAUCCUGGGAGUCAUCAUCACCAUUGCUGUGCUCCCAAUGGCCAUCUGGGCGCUCUACGCCAUGCACAAGUGGAGGCAGACGGAGCAGCACCUGCACUGGCAGGAGUUUGCGACCAUCCACUCCCACGGCCCCACCACCGCCUCCGAAAGACAACCCCUCACGUCCUGUGACUCGGACCUUAGCCCUUCCUCUGCUGCCGCUGCCGCCGCGGCCGCUGCUGUUGGUGCUGGUGCUGGUGGUGCUGGUGCUGGUGCUGGUGGUGAUGAUUUGAGUCCUUCUGGUUUGUUCUCUCCCCGCAUCGGCGCGCUCCACUUGCAGCACCACCGCCCGUCGUCUCCCCCGCCGCUGCCACCGGGGCUGGGGGGGGUUGAGGACGGAUUGGCGUUGUCGUCAGCAAUGGCUGGUGGGGGGCGGUCGAGAGGGGGCAGGAGAAUCAGAGCCAUGGACUUUGGGGAAGAGGACUGGUAG